AUGGAUGAACAGGAGCAAAAAAUCUGCCCAAAUUGCAAGCGGGAGAUCCCGGCUGUGAACUUCACAAUCCACACAGUGCACUGUGCACGCAACAUCAAGGUCUGUCCUGUAUGCAAGGAGCCUGUACCACAGUCGGAGCUGCAGGAACAUCAUGAUAAACUGCACAAAUUGUUACCGUGCAAGCAGUGCGGAGAAAGUGUAUGUGGCACAGAUCUGGAGGACCACAUACGAGAUUCAUGUGGACACACCAUCAAAUCAUGCAGAUACUGCGAGUUGGAGCUGCCUCGUCGCGAGCUGCCCACUCACGAAAACUACUGCGGCGUACGCACGGAGCAGUGCCCCGACUGCAAAGAGUACGUCAUGAUCAAGUACCGCCAGCUGCAUCUAGACUCCAACCAUGGCUUUCUUCGCCUCGAUGACGAUCCAGUUCCACAACCAAAGAAAGAAUCACCGCGCAGUAAUCUAAUAAAACCAUUAAAAUUGCGGCCAAACGUUUACCCCGCACCAUCAACGAGCAACGGCAUCCGCGCAACCACGUCCAAAAAUAUCAACGUAGAAAACGAUCGACCUAAAACGGAAAUAAAAAUAUUUAGUAAAAUAAACGCUGGGGCCAGUUCUUCGAGCAGUACGAAUUCAUCGCAAGAAAACCUGUCGCGGCCGCAGAGCGCGCAGGGCUUGUACAACGGGGUGAAGGUGCCGUUGAAGAGGACCAAUGAUCAGCCACAGAUUAACACUGCCGUGGAGGCUACCAGCAAAGUUAAUAAAGAUUUUUCCAACGCAGAAGAUCUGGGCAGCGGCGAAGGCCGACGCCGAGACGCACCUCAUGAUAUUAACAGACUUAAUAACAGACCGAAAUUUUGCCAAUUGGGCGCGAACCUCGGCGCAGUGAAGAAGCGGCCAGCGCCGCGGCCGCCCGCGCGGGACCCACCUAAGGCCGAGCCGAAGCGCGACCAGGCCUACUACAGCGCCAUGCAGCGGCUGCAGGCCGAGGAAAAGCGCCGCCAGGAGCAGAGCGCCUACAACGUAUCUAUCGGCCUUCCGCCGGUCCUGAGUCCUGCGGCGAAGCUAGAGAAGCUCCGUAAGAUGGACGCGCUGCACAAUCGGGAAGUUGACGAUCAGGACUACAAGAACCGGCUGCAAAGUCGCGUUCGGAUGCCGCCUGAUAUCGUUGGAGAUGUUCUGGGAUCGGGCGAUGCAGCUGCGGCCGCUCAGAACUCCGCCAACCUGGAGGCGGACCGGCGCAGGCACCAGCAGAGACCUACAAGAGCCCCCAAACAGGCCAACAAUGACGACAGGAGGAACGAGUUCCGAGAUGUCAAGCCCAUGACGCAGCAAGAGUUUAUGGACAGGUUCAAAGAACUUCAAGUAAGGAAGGACUCGCGGGAAUCUUCCCGCGAGAGGAAGCCCGAUCGGUUCAACGAGAUCAAAACUUCACUAAGGGAGCUGCGCCGGGGCUUGAAUGAGGUCACAGCUCCAUAUAACGCUAACAACAUCAAUUUAACCAACGCUAAUAAUUAUGGCAACGAGCGCAACGAGCGCAGAGAGCGCAACAGCCGGCGCUCGUCGCCGCUGCCGUCGCCGCUGGCCGAGGACGAGGUGCAGCUGCCCUGCGAGUUCUGCGGGGCCCCCGUGCCGGCCUACGAUUUGGUGCGCCACCAGACGGGCUGCCGGCCGGACCUGACGCAGUACAAGGCCGCGUCUCCCGCUCGCCUGGCGACGGCGUCGCCCCCGCCGGUGCCCCCGCUGCCGCGACCCUUGCCGCUGGACGAGCCCGUCAUCCCCUGCGAGUUCUGCGCGGAGUCGCUACCGCUCUAUCUCAUCAGCGAACACCAGGAGCGUUGCGGACGUGAAGCCAACCUUCUGUAUCCAGACUAAGUCUUCCACUACGCUAAAAAGUUUUCUGUUAACUCUCACGGUGUCGUAGAUUUGUGAUCAUAAUGUGUAUACCGAAUUACUCUUUAUCGUAUUUAUAAGUGUAUAUUGAUUGACUUAUUUGAUUUUGUUGUUGACUUCUAUUGUACAGGACUGACAAUUCAAACGCAUUUUCAGACUGGUCCAUGAAAUGGAACAUUGACUUGGUAAAAGUUAGGUUAUAGGGAGUUGGUAUUCGAAACUGGCGGCCUAGGAACUGUCCUAGGCUAGGAAAUGUACUGGGCUAGGAAAUGUACUGACAUUGGGACCUAUUUCUUGCACCCUGUAUAUGUAAAUAUAAUGAAAUUGAUGACUAAAACUUAAAAUAGUUAAAUUUGUUUGAAUCGAAUAUUCAAACAGUUGAUAGCGACAUCUCUAGCCAGGGUUGGUAGCUGUAAAGUUAUCUAACUGGGUGACGAAAUACUUUCAUAGAUGACGCUACGGCUAGAAAGUUGUUGAAAACCAAAUACAAACCGACAAAC